AUGGAUCUCCUGAAUAAUAGAUCAAGGGUUUCUGAGUUCGUUUUGCUGGGACUUUCUACUUCUCAAGAAAUUCAAAUAUUCUUCUUUGCAGUCUUCUUUCUUGUCUAUGUCGCCAUCAUAGUAGGAAACCUCCUCAUUGUGAUCUCUGUGAUACUUGAUAACCAUCUUCACUCCCCCAUGUAUUUCUUUCUGGCAAAUUUAUCAUUUUUUGAUUUAUGCUUUUCUUCUGCUGCAACUCCCAAAGUGAUUUCAGACUUGCUUAGAAAACGCAAGACUAUCUCUUGGUGGGGCUGCAUGACCCAGAUGUUUUUCAUGCACUUCUUUGGGGGCGCAGAGAUGUCUCUUCUGAUAGCUAUGGCCAUCGACAGGUAUGUCGCCAUAUGCAAGCCCUUGCACUACAAGACCGUCAUGAGUCCCAAGGCGCUCAUUGUGUUUCUGCUGCUCUCGUGGGCAAUUGGGCUCAUCCAUACCACAAGCCAGAUGGUUUUCACAGUGGGUUUGCCUUUCUGUGGUCCCAAUGUUGUGGACAGCUUUUUCUGCGACCUCCCCCUGGUCAUGAAGCUUGCCUGCACUGAUACCUACGUGCUGGAGCUCCUGGUGGUUGUGAACAGUGGGCUCCUGUCCCUGGUCUGCUUCAUCCUCUUGCUCCCUUCCUAUGCUGUCAUGCUGGUCACCAUCUGGCAUCACUCCUCCAGUGCAUCCUCCAAGGCUCUGUCCACAGUCUCUGCUCACAUCACUGUGGUCAUUCUCUUCUUUGGUCCCGCUAUCUUUAUCUAUGCUUUCCCAUUUAAUAGUUACUCUGUAGCUAAGUUUCUUUCUGUGUUUUACUCUAUAAUCACCCCUCUUCUUAAUCCAAUUGUUUAUACUCUGAGGAAUCAGGAAAUGAAGGCAGCCAUUAAGAGACUGAGCAGCCAGCAUGUUGGUUCCUGGCUCACCCACUAA